GUAAGUCCACUCUCUGUGUGUAACAUCAUCUCCCUCAACUGGCUCAAGAUUUCAAGAAAAUAAAUAAAUAUAAUAUAUCUUGUGAUCUGCAACAUGUAUUCAGUGCCUCAUUUACCUCUGUUUUAGUACUUCUAUUUCAACAUUAUCUUCUUCUUCUUUGUCUUCUUUCUAUUUAUAGUAAGACCAUAAAAAUAGCAAGGGAGGGAGUGAAGGUUAGUGGGGGUUGAAGAAUGGAGAUAGUAGAUUUGAAAUGGGAGCAAAAUGAGAUGGAAUUUGAAGAAGAAGAAGUGGGGGGUCUUCAAGAAAGAAGCUCUAAAGUUUCUAAAAAAGUAACAAAUUGGAAAAUUGAGACAAAUGGGUAUGCUAAUUCUACCCCAAAGAUCACGAAUGGAACAGAAAAAUCUGAUCUUGGUGAUGAACAAGAAAGGUCAGAGGAGGAGCAUCUUUCAGAUAUAAAUAAUGGGGUUGGAGUUGACGAGGGAACAGAACCAAAAGGUGAGUUGGUUCAAAAGAUUGUACUUUCAAAUAAUGGGGUUGAAGUUGAAGAGAGAACAGGAAAAUCUGAUCUUGAUGAUGAACAAGAAAGGUCAGAGGAGCAUCUUUCAGAUUCCAAUAAUGGGGUUGAAGAGGGAACAGAAAAAUCUGAUCUUGAUGAUGAACUAGAAAGGUCAAAGGAGGAGCAGCUUUCAGAUUCCAAUGAAGAGGAAACAAAACCAAAAGAAGAGUCUGUUCAGCAUAUUGUACUUUCAAAUAAUGGGGUUGAAGAGAGAACUGAACCAAAAGAGGAGUCAGUUCAGCAGAUUGUAGCUACAAAUAACGGGGUUGAAGUGGAAACAGAACCAAAAGAAGAGGCAGUUCAGCAGACUGUAGUCUUAAACAAUGAGGUUGAAGUUGAAGAGGGAACUGAACGAAAGAAAGAGUCAGUUCAGCAGCUUGUAGCUUCAAAUAAUGGGGUUGAAGAGGGAACCGAAGCUAAAGAAGAGUCAAAACAGCAACUUGUGAUUUCUACUAAUGGGGUUGAAGCUGAAGAAGAGUCAAUUCAGCAGAUUGUAGUUUCAAAUAAUGGAGUUGAAGAGGGUACUGAGCCUAAAGAAGAGUCAAACCAGCAUCUUGUGACUUCUACUAAUGGGGUUGAAGCUGAAGAAGAGUCAAUUCAGCAGAUUGUAGUUUCAAAUAAUGGAGUUGAAGAGGGAACUGAAGCUAAAGAAGAGUCAAAACAGCAUCUUGUGACUUCUACUAAUGAGGUUGAAGCUGAAGAAGAGUCAAUUCAGCAGAUAGUUUCAAAUAAUGGAGUUGAAGAGGGUACUGAGCCUAAAGAAGAGUCAAACCAGCAUCUUGUGACUUCUACUAAUGGGGUUGAAGAGGGAACAGAGGCUGAAGAAGGGCCCUUCAGAUCAGGCCAUUCUGUCUAUUAUCACAAAGACGAAGGAAUAUGGAAGUGUCGAACCUGCAGUUGGACUUUGCAAGGCAAAAGCCUAGAUGUUGGUUGGACAAAGAUUCCUAGGGGGCACUUGGAUAAGCUGAUGAAUUACCCAAUGUUAGAUCAGAGGGGACUUUUAUUCAGUUUUGGAAGUAAAGAUAGUAACUUCAUUUCUACACCUUCCAUAAAGGAGAAGAUCGAUAAAAUUCCAGGAGAUGAAGAUGUUCAGGAGAGUGCUACUCUACACAUUCAACUUAAUGGACAUUUGAAGAGUGACAACUUGUUAAGAUCCAGUGUUCAGUUUUCCAAAGAUCUUUCAGAAGAUUACAGCAUUGUUCGUAAGUCCACGGCCAUUGAUGAAAUAGAAAGUGCAGACCCUGACCUGAUAGAUGACAGUGACACCGAUGUAAAAGAUUUUGAAGUUGAGAAUGUACUUCAGAAGCAGAAUACACAUGAUCUUUAUUGCCCUAAUUGCAAGUCAUGCAUUACUAAGAGGGUUAUUCUUCGUAAAAGAAAACGUAAAAUUCGGGUUUCUGGUGAUGAUGUCAAACGUAGCAAACCUGAAGUUGUAGUUGAUUCCAAAGUGGAUGCUAGUCAUGCACAGGCAGCUGAUAAUGAAGUACGUGAUGGAGCUGACAGUUCUCUUGAUGGCACUCCACCAUUGGCAGCGGAUGACUACCAGCCUGAUAGAGAGCCAGAGAUAUUCAGAUGCUUAUCAUGCUUCAGCUUUUUUAUUCCUGCAGGGAAUGGAUUCAAACUGUUCCGAAUUUUCGGAGAGAAAGGUGCUAAAGAAAAUGUCAAAGGUGAACAGACACCUACAACAAACAAAAAAUGGUUCUCCCCUAUAUUUGGAUUAGAUAAGGGAAAAGCAUCAGUUGAGCAAGGAAGUGGUACUGGGGCACAUGCAGUGAAACAUGAUUCUGGAGAACUUAUGCCAUCAGAUAAUUUCAAAGAUCAGAGUGCCAAGUCCUUAGUGAUUAAAGAAUCUGCUCCACCUGCAUAUUCCAGCAGUGAAAUCACUCAGGAAGCUGGAGGGAAAAUCUUAGGAUCAAAGAACCAAGAUGCAAAUAUGAAAGGAAAAAUGGUGAUUAAUACAAUGGGUAAUGCAGAGAAUGCAACAAAGAGUCGAGAAGGAGGUUCUGUCCUUGACAUCUUUGAUUUAGAGACCCGUAAUCAGCUGGGCGUCUCAGCAUCUUCUAAGGAAGUUCAAAGAAAUGAUAGGAAUGAUGAGCUGUUAAAAAAUACUGGCAGAAUUCAAGUUGAUAAUGGAAAUCUUGUGCAGGAAAGUCCGCCAGCAUCUAAUGAUAGGAAGGAUGAGGUGUUAAGAACUGGUGGCAAAAUUCAAGUUAGUAACGGAAAUCUUGUGAAGGACAGUGUGCCAGCGUCUAAUGAUAAGAAGGAUGAGCUGUUAAGACCCAGUGGCAAAAUUCAAGUUAGUAAUGGAAAUCUUGUGCAGGACAGUGUGCCAGCAUCUCAACAAAGUGAACUAAAGCUUCUGAUAACUUCGACGAAGGAGGAGUCUCUAACUUUUGAGAAAUCAGAGACUAACUUAAAAUCUGAUGUGGCAAUACUAAAUAAAGAUCCAGCAACCACAGCUUUUGCACUCAACGGCUUAGAUGGAAAUGGGAAACCCAAUUUUUUGACAGAAAUGCCUCAAGAACAUGUGCAACAUAUUGAAGCCAUGCAUUCCUCUGAAUCUCUGGUGGCAAACAAUGACAAUAAAUUUCAACUUAGUAGUGAAGACGGUGCCCAUCACUAUGAAGUUUCUCAGCAUACCAUCACAAAGACCAAUAUAGAGAUCCACUCAAAGCAGCCUUUAAACGUUGAUGAGCAUGAAUUGAUUUCAUCGGUAAAGGAUGCUUUAUCAAUUCAAGAUAAACCGGAUAACAUCACCAACACUUCUGUGGAAGCAGCUGCAAAUAGCAUUCCAGGCAACGAUACUAUUAUAACUGUGGAAGCAGGGCAUGAAACUACAGAAACAGCUUCAGCAAAUCUGGAUACUCAAAUCCGUUCUGUUGAAGGACAAGCAACUGAUGGUGCAGAAGUUUACAAAAUUGAGAUCAUUAAAAGCAUUAUAUUUGGGGGUUUAGCUGAGUCAAUUACAAGCUUAAGCAUUGUAUCAUCUGCAACUGGUGGUGACACGACUACAUUGAAUAUUUUAGUUCUGGCAAUGGCUAAUCUGAUUGGUGGACUUUUCAUCAUUUUCCACAAUCUUUGGGAGUUGAAAAGAGAUCGUUUUGAGCAAGCCAGCAAUCAGAUAAUGGAAAAACAUGUAGAUAGGUAUCGAGAACAACUUGGCCGGAGAGAAAACUUCACACUGCAUGCUGUACUUGUUGUAUUAUCAUAUAUCAUAUUUGGACUAUUGCCUCCCGUAACCUACGGCUUCUCAUUCCGUAAGAGCGAUGACAAGGACCUCAAGAUUGUGGCAGUUGCUGCAGCUUCACUUGUAUGCAUCUUAAUGCUGGCUACUGGAAAGGCCUAUGUUCAGAGAGCACCCAAACCUUACUUCAAAACUAUAUCAACUUACAUUAUUUUAGGAUUCACGGUUUCCGGUGUAUCUUAUGCAGCAGGCAUAUUAUUCAAUAGACUGCUGGAAAAGCUUGGCUUUUUCGAGCCUAGUUCAACAGUGAACUUGUUCCUUCCGGAGAUGCCGGAGACUGGAGCAGCAUGGGCAUCCUUAUGAAGAGCAGAAUUAUGAAACCAUAAACUUGUAACCUCCAGGAUUAUCCUCUAGUUCUAUGUUAUUUGCUUUUUUGUUUAGAUUUAGCCUCCCCUAGCUAUUUUAAGUUACUUAGACCAAACACUUAUGCAAAUAAAUAUCUGCAUUACAAUCCUUGCGCA